AUGUUUUUACCAAUCAAUACUCAAAGAACAUACUUGAAUGUGAAUGACUGUUUGGAUGGGUUGAAGGGACAGAAAUUGCAUGACAUUUCACUUCAGAUUACUUAAACUAGAAAUGAGAUUUUAAAAUAGAUGCAAUAGUCAACGAAUCGAAAGAGAGUAUUGGCUGAAGAGAUGAGUUAGAAUGUUGAUGAGUUUUUAGACGCUAAACAUUCAAUAAGCAAGCGUUUUCAGAAACAAGUCUUUAAUUUGAUUGACUCAAAGAAGAUUGAACAAGAGUGCGAACAAUACAAGAUUGAGUGUGUCGAAACAAAUGAAGUUAAAGACGACUUUAAGUAAUUGCACGAUUUGAUUAAAUCCACAUUUUGUAAGUGAUUAUCCAUUCUAAUGGCAUUAUUAUAUUAUUUUAAUAUUUUAA